AUGAAGGACCAUGCCACGGCAACAAGCUCUGCCGACCCGAUGCCUGGAGGUUCUAAACUUUCCAAGAAAGCAAGCCCCAAGGGACCGAAAGCAAAGGCCAGCCCAGCUGCCAAAAAGGCAAGCUCCCCGGCGACCACAAAGACCAAGGACUCCACAUCGCCGCCAACCGAGAAGCCCAACAAAACGCCGACCGAGAAAUCUACGCCGCCAGCAGACACGACCGAGGAAAAGCAGCCGAAAAAGACCAGAACCAAGAGCCCCGACAAGAGUGCCAACAAGACCCGUGGAAGGAGCCCUCCCAGCAACAGCCCCAGAAAGAACCCCAAGAAGGCCCGGACCGAAAGCAGCCCGAAGAAGCCCAGCCCGAAGAAGGCCCCCAAGAGUGGCCCCAAGACGAGUGGAGAGGGAGAUGAUGGCAAGAAGAAGUCCGGAAAAGACUCGGCGACAGUGGAGAAUAAGAAGAAGGCACACAAGCUUUACAUGAGAUUCUGGCGAUCGGUAAACGAAAGCCAUGGGCUCAGAUCUGAUAAUGAAGUACUCCUCUUUUCUUCUUUCCCCAUACGCAAGACGAAAAUGUCGACGCUUUACGAGGAUUUCAUGCAAUGCCAGGGAAAAUGGGCGAACUCCUACAUCAUGAAAACGAUUCGGCAGAAGCAUAAGAACGGGAAGCGAGCAGCCAGGAGAUGGCUCACCAGAGCCCAGCUAAAGGCUCACUUCAAUGAUGAUAGUGUGGUAGACGCUAUCAUAGUCCGCAAAGAAGCGGACAGUGAACUCGCCGAGAAAGAAAUCCGAGAUCAUCCCGAUCUCCCAGGACUCAAACAAUACCUGGUUUUGAUCGAGGACGAAGAGGUGGACGAGAGCACUGACGAAAUCGAAGAGCUUUUCUGCAUGCAGCAAAAGCACAGCAGCGAUUCCAGCUCUGAUGGCUCGCAGGAUGAAAGCGAUGACGAUUCCAGCAGCAAUGCUUCUGCAGCGGCGAAGAAGAAAGACAAGAAAUGCAAGAAAGACAAGAAGGAUAAGAAGAGCAAGAAAAACAAAGCCAAGAAGAGCAAGAAUAAGGGCAAGGGCAAGAGGAAGGGGAAGAACAAGCUCAACAGAGCCGAGACACAGGAGGACUUGGACAAGGAGCAAAGCCGCAAGGUUCAGCAGGAGGGAAAAAAGGUGAUCAAUACCCUGAACCGGAAGAUCAAAGAUGCAACCUCCAAGAUCGAGUCCAAGGAAGUCAGCUCGUUGAACGAGCUCGUCCGGGAUGCCUUGAAGAAGGACCUCCAGGCUGUCGUCAAGAAGCUGACCUCAGCCCGUACCCAGUUGCAGUCUGCAUUGGACUCGGUUCAGGACGACCGGAUCACCCACAAGACGACGGCUGCCAAGGAGAUUUUGGACCAAGCCGAGGGAUCUCUUACAGUUGGGGUCAAGAAGAAGACUGAGAAGAAGGGUGGAGACUAG